AUGUCGUCUCUCUACCCGAUCCCGCUAGGAAUCGCGACGAAUCUCGGUUACUCAGGCUACCGCAAAGGGUCUCUCUCUCUUGAUGGUGCUCUCACAGCCGCUGUGGUCGGGUACGCAACCAUGGCCAACCCUUUCAUCGGCUACGGACUCACGCUGAUCACUUUCUAUCUCGUCGGCUCCAAGGCCACCAGAUUCAAAGCUUCCAUCAAAGCUCAGCAUGAGACGCACCCUUCUGCAGCGUCCACCGUCGCUAUCGAGAAGAAGGAUGGGAAGAGGAAGCGGGAUAUCACUUCAGGAAAUCGAAACGCUGUUCAGGUGCUGUGUAACAGUCUUACCGCUGUAGUAGCUUGCGUCGCUUUCAGAGCACUCAACCGGAGAGAUGGCGUAGAUCCACUGGGGAAGGAAGUAUUGACCGUGUGGAGGGGGAUUGAUGUAUCCAACUUGCUUUUGACCCUCGUAGUUGGCGGCCACUACGCAGCUUGUAUGGCCGAUACUCUUGCUUCUGAACUCGGCAUCCUCUCUAAAGGUCAACCACGUUUAGUCACCAACCCCGCAAGAAAGGUCCCUCGCGGCACAAACGGAGGCGUCUCGCCUCUUGGACUAACAGUCUCUGCUUUGGGAGGAACACUGAUCGGUCUUGUCCAAACAGCUUCCCUGGCAGUUCACUACUACUUGAACCCCGCGUUGCCAACUUCUAGUAUCACCGUCAAGGCGCCAUAUUUCAAGUUGAUCGUACUCUUCACAGCUGCCGGCUUCACAGGCUCACUCAUCGACUCUGUUCUCGGUGCAACUGUUCAGCAAACCGUCUACAGUGCAACGAGCAAGAAGGUGCUGGUGGGCAGCAUUAGAGAUGUUAUCCAGCGCAACAAGGACGAUGCACCGGAGCCAAUUUGGGAGAGGAUCGCUGGAGCGGAUGUGCUGGAUAACAAUGCGGUGAAUUUCUUAGCCAGCGCUAUCACUGCGCUUGGGACUGCUUGGGUUGGCUUGAGGUAUCUCUGA